ACACCUGACCCCGCAGACACAGGAGUGGCCCAUGAACUGGGGGCUCCGCUCCUCCGCCGACGCACUCGCGGUGCGCGCACCUGCGCACGCCAGCGGCGGCGCGUCCGCGUCCGCGGCCGAGGAGCGGCGCCUCCUCCACUGCGCGCCUCGCAGCACAGUGGCAAGGCAGCGGGUCCGCUGCUCCGACCGAAGACGACCGCGGGGGAGGAUCUGAGUGCACAGACGCCUGCUGCGGUGAAUGGAUCUCUGCUGGAUUACAAACUAUGAGGAGCUGCCCCCUCGCGCCCUCUCCCCCCGAACGGCACUGACCGCCGCGUCCGGACGCCGACGCGCUCCGUCCCCUGACACGUCGCCACUUGUUGUCACCCUGCGAGAAACAUGUCAUUCAGACCGGCGGCCCCAGUGCUGCUGCUGUCGGUCCUUCUCACCUGGUCUCUGGCCCUGGAGUACGAGGACUACGAGGACGUCACUGUGAAGCAAAUGCUGGCCCCCAAGUCCCACGAGACCGCGACCGCCACGGAAAUACUCAACAAUCUGCUGAAGGAGUAUGACAAGAAGCUGCGACCGGACAUCGGAGUUAAACCAACUGUCAUAGAUGUGGGCAUAUUUGUGAACAGCAUCGGACCAGUGUCAUCCAUAAAUAUGGAAUACCAAAUCGACAUCAUCUUCGCCCAGACGUGGACAGACAGCCGUCUCAGAUACAACAGCACAAUAAAAAUAUUGACUUUGAACAGCAAUAUGGUUGGACUUAUUUGGCUACCGGACACCAUCUUCAGAAACUCCAAGAAUGCGGAUUCCCACUGGAUCACGAUGCCCAACCAGCUGCUGAGAAUAUGGAAUGAUGGGAAGAUACUUUACACCUUAAGGCUGACAAUAAACGCAGAAUGCCAGCUGCAGCUGCACAACUUUCCAAUGGAUGAGCACUCCUGUCCGCUCAUCUUCUCCAGCUAUGGAUACCCGCGAGAUGAGAUGAUUUACAAGUGGAGGAAGAACUCUGUGGAGGCGGCUGACCAAAAGUCCUGGCGUCUCUACCAGUUUGAUUUUAUGGGCCUGAGAAACACAACAGACAUAAUAACGACCACGGCAGGGGACUAUGUGGUGAUGACGGUGUUCUUUGACCUGAGCAGAAGAAUGGGCUACUUCACCAUCCAGACUUACAUCCCCUGCAUCCUCACUGUGGUCCUCUCCUGGGUCUCCUUCUGGAUCAAGAAAGACGCCACACCGGCCCGAACGGCUCUAGGUAUCACCACAGUGCUGACUAUGACGACUCUCAGCACCGUGGCCAGGACGUCUUUACCCAGGGUGUCCUAUAUCACCGCCAUGGACCUGUUUGUCACCGUCUGCUUCCUGUUUGUCUUCGCCGCUCUGAUGGAGUAUGCCACACUGAAUUACUACUCAUACUGUACCAGAAGACCCAGCUGCAUGGAACCGAAAAGAUCGAACUACUCUGUCCUGGAUGUGCGACCUCCACACACCGUCAUCGCUUUAAACAACUCCCUGUACUGGCAGGACUUUGAGGACGCCUGUGUCUACGAGUGUCUGGACGGGAAAGACUGCCAGAGCUUCUUCUGCUGCUUCGAGGAGUGCAAAGAAGGUGCAUGGAGAAAAGGACGCGUCCACAUCGAUCUGCUCGAACUGGACGCGUACUCGCGCAUCUUCUUCCCCACCUCCUUCUUACUGUUCAACGUCGUCUACUGGGUGGGCUAUCUCUACCUUUAGCACACCGCGGGAGCCCGUUCGGCUUCGGAAAGGAGUAGAGCACAAUUUGACAGGAGAAGUUCAACUCAGAUAAAAGGUAACACCAAAAUGAAUUCUUUCCUGUGGUACCUUGAGCCGUGUCCUGGAGAUGAGCCACAGUGUGCCGGCCUGUUCCGAGCAGGUUGGCAGGGAGGACAGGAGGGACCGUGUGCUAGAGACAAUACGUAGACAGACGGGGAGGUGUGCUCCGCACUGCAACGCCAAGCUUCUCUGUCAGGAGACAGACACGUUCUUGUCCAGCCAUCAGGCAAAUCAAGUUGAGGGAAACUCCGACGACGUUCAAACCAUUCAUAGUGCCUUCCUCUGGAGGGGUAGAUGCUAUCUGCUACAAUAAUCAGGGAGAAAAUGAUUUGUAAAAAUAAAAGAGCCUGGCCUUGACUGAUUAUGACCGCUCUCAUUUCGGAGCUUUGAGAAACAGGCUUUUUUUUUUUUGUAACAACCACACAAAGAUUCAUUCAGUUCAUCCUGACUUUCAGCCAGUAGCCAUGACUCAUUCCCUCUUGCUCGCAAAGCUAUUACCACCCAUCUACGUUAUAAUAAAUAAAUGGGUUCCCAGGGAAGAGGAGGAUCUGAAUCAUCUUACAGUAGAAGUAAUCAUUUGUGCCCUACUGGCAUAUUUCUACACAUUUUAGGACAUGUAGUCGAUGUUUAAAAGGUUCUUUAUAUUGUAUUAAUGUUUGUAUUCGUACAGGGACACAUCUCUCAUCCAGGUGUCCUUGGUGUGUACCCAGGGACUAAAAUUAUUAGGGGAAUGUCGCUUAAAUAAUUGCCAUGGGUAAAUGGCAACCGAGGACCGAACACCAACGUUGUGUACACACAGCUCAUUUUAAAAAUUACAUUUCCUUUAAGGGAAUAGUUUUGUGAUAUUUGAUGCUGCUCCACUAACACAAAGAGAAAUACUUUUAUGAACGCUUAAUUCAAACAAAGCAUUUGUCAGUAACAGGUCGGCUUCGUAAAUUAUAAAGACUGACACUUUAGCUCCUGUAAAAACAUCUUUCAUACACUCUGUGGACAAAAUGGUUACACUCAGGACAAAAGUCAUGGUUCCAAAUUUGAAGUUUUGACUAUUUCCUCGCCAUUUCCUCAACAAUAUGUUCCCUUAUCAUGUCAUAUAUGAAAAACCAUUCGUGUUUCAUAAAAAAACAAUACAUUCAUUCAGCAAACUUAUGAUCAGGAUGUUGGUAUAAAUAUAAUAUUGAUAUAUACUUUUUAUUGUACUUUUUUGACACACACAUUGUGUCAUUGAUUUUUAAAUCUACACUAUGGCCACCAAGUUUGGAGGUGAGCUGUUUUCAAGAAAAUUAAAGGAAAGAAAGAAAGAUAUUUAGAGCACAGGCAGUACUGUAAGAGCGCAAUGAAUAACUCUUGGCAAAUAAAAUCAAAACAACAAGCGUGUUCCCCAUAACUAUUCCCUUAAGAGAAAUGAGAUAAAUGCUAUAUGUAUUGAUUUGAUUAGAGACGUACAUGUGAUUGUAGGGGCUUCAGCCGUUGUAAAGAUAAGAAAUCUUGUGUUACGUAGACACUAGACAUGUCUGCUUUUGUGAUGCCUCUGCUUCGUUACAGACUGGGGCCCUUUGAGGUGAAACACCCACAGAACAACAGGCAAUCAUGCAUAUAAUUACGAUAGUGUUAGUUCCCUCAAUAUCACAUAUGUAUACCAUGUACAGUAUGAGCAAGUUACUUCUUGCUCAAGCUCUUAGCACACAAUAUACCAUAUAAAGUGAAGAGGUAUAGAAUUGCGUUUCCUUCUCUCAGUGAUCCUACGGUUCUUUUCUUGACACACACUUGGUAAACGGGAUGACCAAAUUGAAUAUAACGUCUGUUAUUUGUUCAUUACUUUUGGCAGAAAUAUAAUGAUCCCGCUCGCUAGGAUCGCUCAUCUUGGUUUGGCCUCUGACCCUUGUUUGCAUGCAACAGACAAUUAACCAUCACCCCGAAGACGUUGUAACACGUUUUUGAGAUAGAGUUAUAGUUUUCAUAUGGGCUGUUUGUUUCAUAAUUCGAUUUCCCUUGUAUUUAGACUGUUGAAUUGCCUUAGCGUAGCCUGCCCAGAGAUGAUAUGAAGACUUACAGAAUUACAUAUUUACCUCUCGUAAUAACCUCGGCAUGGUGAAGACCUCACCUCAGCGGAGGCUACUUCUUUGCCUCGGGCAGUAGACUUAAGUGGAACUUUUUUAUAUCCCGCUGCGGAGCUGUUUUCUCUGUAUUAUAUUUACUCUGUAUGUACCAAAUAUUUCACAUAUGUGCCCACUCAUUUAUGUUUUCAGGAAAAAAGUUUGAACAACCCUAGAACCGUUAAAUUGAUAUGUUUCGCUACCACAAAGACAAUAUAGUUUGGCUGUGGAAACCUUAAGAAGUAAAAAAAAAUAGAUAUAUUGUGUAUAUAUGUACACACCACAUUGGCUUUUGAAAUGUGGAGUAUUGGGGGAUUGCCAGGGUUCACGCUGAAACUAAAUGGUCAUUUUCUUUUUUCCACUUUGGGAAGGACGGUUGACCCUGCCAGCACUGGUGUCAAGUGUCGCCUACCGUGCCUGCAAACAAGACAAACAAGAUGCUGAAUGAAAUGGAUGCUCGUCACAUCUUCUCAACAUACGCAAAGUACACACGGCAGUUCUUCUUCUUAUGGUUUCCUUUCUUUGGUAUCCAUGCCACUAACCCAACUUUAUGUCGAGGGUCAAACUCCCACGUGGCGUUUUUCAUUGGCCACAGCCUGAAGGCAAAACAGUUAUUUUGAA